AUGAAUUUAUUUUAAUAGUUAUUGAAUGUUUAUAGGUUGAUUAUGAUUACAUUGAUACUAAUAGCACUGAAGAUAAUGUUGAAAUCAAUCACGAGUUCUCAAUGGCUGAAGUUGAAUUAAAUGACAUAAUGUCUUCAUUUGAGGCCAACAAUUGUCAGACUAUUCCUAAUAAACUGUUAGAGUAUCAAAUAUUCAAUCAGCCUUACUAUACUGGAAGGAUACUCAGAUUAUUAUUAGCUCCUAGACAAGUUCCUUCACCUCCUGAUACAAGGGAAAGACUCAUUGAAGCACUUAAGAAGAGAGAUAAAAGCCACCAGUCUAUGUUUGCUAAAUAUGAAAGAGAAUGUAAAAAGUUAAACAACUCAACUAGUAAUGGCGAAGGAUCUAGCUCCAGUAAGAUGUUGCUAAUGUAUUCUCCAUUAGAAGAGAAGCUGGAGAGACUGAAGAGACACUAUGAGGAUAAUGAAGAUCAGUUAGGUCCAAUUUUGUCUCAAGUGUCUACUGCGAUUAAUCAAGCAGUCAGUGACAUAAAGAAAUCAAUCAUUAAUAAUAAUGAUAAAUCAUCGAAAAAACAUAGUGGAGACUUAUGCAGUCCAGGACUGAAGGAAUGGGAAAUACAGGUGGUUGAGUUACUAUUGAAGUAUGUUACUGAAAUUAUUAUUAAAAUAUCAUUACCACUCCAUGAAAGUGAGGCUGACAUUACUGAUAAACAGUGAGUAGUGAAUACUAAAACACAGAUUAGGAUGCUAAAACACAGACCAGCAUACUAAAAUACAGACCAACAUACUAAAACACAGACCAGCAUACUAAAAUACAGACCAGCAUACUA